AAAGGCAAGAAUAAUCAGAUGAAAUAGAGGAAAAGGAAAAGCAUGGAAUGGGUGAUAGUGUAAUUUAAGUUGCUAGCUCAAGAUAAUAACAAUAUGCCACCUGGCGUUACUCUUUUGUUGAGACCUCCUUAGAUUUCUGCUACAAAAGCUCCUAUAAUUUGCAUGCAGCCCCUCUCUCCCCCUCUCUCAUAUGGCGACAGGGUCAGAGUGCAACCAUUAAUUAAUGCGUAUGGCCAAUGUUUUCUUGUAGGUUCUCAUGGCUCAAAGAGCAAAAGAUUCCAUCAUUUGAAUGCCCAUUAGUCUUUUCUUUUUUAUUGAGUUUAAAAUCAAUGAUAAUAUAUUUGGCUUCCUUCUCCCUUUGCUUGUUGUAUUUGGUUUUUGCUCUUUCUGGGUCUCUUUGGCCUCUUCCUUUGAAGCCAAAGCUUGUCUCUUUUCUAUCCUGAAAACCUUCGUUUAAAAUCCUUCCUCCUACAUUUGAUUUUGCUCCCUGUAGGCUCUUCUCUGAGUUGGAUUUACCUUCCAAGAUAGGAUUUUUCUGAACGUUUUAAUCCUAGUCCCCUGUUUCUCCUCGUAUGGGUGGCUUGUAUGGAGUUUUCAAAAGAAAAAUCUUCCUAAUGACGGAAGGGUGUCAAAGGUGAAGCUUUUAAUGGUGGCUAGCAUGGAUUUGGCAAUGGAGAGUGAUUGUGCUACCAGAAAUUGAAAGACUUGUAACAGAGAGAAGAGUGAAGAAAUAAAAGAAGAUAAAGGGCCACACAAAGAGAGCAAAAGAGAUAAGAGGAGGAGAAAAAUGCCAACAGUUUGGAUCUCUUUGAAGAAAUCUCUCCACUGCAAAUCUGAGCCCUCAGAUGUAGUUGAUCCAAAGUCCAGAGCCCAUCAUCAUCAUCAACCUCAUCAUCAUCAUCCUCAUCUUAGCUCUAUCUUAACAAGGAAAGCCCCAAGGUCUGGUUGCUCAAGAUCCAUAGCCAACCUCAAGGAUGUAGUCAUUCAUGGGAGCAAGAGACACUUAGAGAGGCCUGCAAGUUGCAGUCCAAGAUCCAUUGGUAGCAGUGAUUUCUUAAAUCCGAUAACCCAUGAAGUUAUCCUUAGUGGAAACUCAAAGUGUGAGCUCAAAAUCACUGGAUUUGGAGCUUCUUGCCAUGAGAAUGAUGAAAACGGUGGCAAUGGGCUUUUGGGCUCUACAUUUGUGGGGACAUUGAGGCCAGGUACUCCUGGGCCUGGAGCCCAUCUUGGGCUUCAGUAUAAUCCUUCUGUUCGAGGAGCAAGCUCUGGCCAUGCUUCUUCUCAGAGGAAGUCUCCUCUGUCUGGGGAGAGAGUGGGUUCUUCUCUCUCUAAUGCAGUUUUCGGUAAUGGAGUUGUGAAGAGUCAGCAGAGCUAUGUAAUGGCCAGGGCAUCCCUCGAGGGUGGUGCUAAUGGAGGUGGCUCUGCUAAUGUGAGCUGUCAUAGGUGUGGGGAGCAGUUUAGCAAGUGGCAGGCCUUGGAGUCUCAUCAUCUCUCCAAACAUGCAGUUACUGAGCUCGCCGAAGGUGACUCCUCCAGAAAGAUAGUAGAGAUAAUAUGCAGAACAAGCUGGCUAAAAUCUGAAAGCAACUGUGGACGGAUUGAAAGGGUCCUAAAGGUCCAUAACAUGCAGAAAACCCUAGCCAGGUUUGAAGAACAUCGAGAAACUGUCAAAAUCAAAGCCAGCAAACUCUCAAAGAAGCACCCUCGUUGUCUUGCCGAUGGCAAUGAGCUCUUAAGAUUCUACGGCACGACAAUUGCUUGCUCUCUAGGCAUGAACGGCUCCUCAAGCCUUUGCCUAUCGGAGAAAUGCAACGUCUGCAGAGUCAUAAGGCAAGGGUUUUUGAUAAAGAAAGGAGAGGUCGGAGUUUUCACAACUUCAACCAGUGGAAGGGCAUUUGAUACAAUUGAAGUUUAUGAAGAAAACCCUUCUGUAAAAAAGGCUUUGAUGGUCUGUAGAGUGAUUGCUGGAAGAGUUCACAAGCCUCUGGAUAACUUUCAAGAAUUCACCGGCCAGUCCGGGUUCGAUUCGUUAGCAGGCAAAGUUGGUUUAUAUUCCAACAUUGAGGAACUCUACUUGCUUAAUCCUAAGGCUCUUCUACCAUGUUUUGUGGUAAUAUGUAAACCCUGAAGAAAGUUUAUCCAGUUUGCCUUCUUCUGUAAUUUUUUUUGUUUAGGACUGGAUUCUUCAUGACAUACAGUCUAAAAGAUUUUGAUGUCUUAUGUAACAACUACAAAUUGUUUUGAUGUCUUCAUGGUUUGUACUGUUCAUCUUAUCAACUACCGUAACCAAACGCAAGCAAUAUCCGUGUUCA